UAUUAGAUAAAUAAAUAUUACAGUCGUGAGCGCCGGACGCACGGGGUGGGGGCGACACUUGCAGGCGUCAGCCGUGCCGUGCGGACGUGCGAUCACGACCACUAAACUACUGAGUUUUGCUAUUUAUUUAAACUACCCUAACACUUACCCCUAGUGACGGAGGACGUCACACGUGGCGACGAGUCUUUGGGUAAGUGUUUUUUUUACAAAACGAAAAAAAAAGAGAGAAAAGAUAGGUGGAACAGUUUGGUGCAAUCUGUGUACCUAGAUAUUUGUAAAUAACAAUUUAUUGAUAAGCGCCUAUGGUUGCUUUGCUAUGUAUGGUGUUCCGUGGUACCUACCGGUUUGUUGUGAUGGAAACAAUGCGUGCAAGCUACAAAUAACAUAUACAUAAAUAAUCCGUUAAAUUACAUGUUAAAAUCGGCCAAGUUAUACGCGUAUUACUUACAUCAAUUAUCGUGUAUUCGAGCAAUACUAAAUAAUAUUCUAUGUAGAUAUAUUUUUAAUGUAAGUGAAUACUUUAUUCCUACCUAAGAAUCUUUAAUGUGCGACUAGAGUGAGACUAUUCAUAAGUAUGUACUUGAAAGUGGUUCACAUGAAUAAAGAGAUUAUGAGGUUUGAAGUUAAUAAAUAACUAACGUUUUCAAACGUAGCCUAUCGAUUUCCCACAAUACCUACAAAAAAAAAAAAUUGUAGUGAAUUUUAUUGAUCACUGCCUGAUAUUAUAAAUUAUAACAAAGUAACAAACAGUAAGGAACAUUUUGCCCUUAUUAUUGUAAUUAAAAACCGUUUCACACGCUUUGUAUAAACUUAUCAUCCCGCGUUAAUAACAUAUCACGGGGUAGGUAGAUACAAAAGAGCGGUAGGCACGUGAAUGCUUAAUCUAGCGAUAUUUUGAUACUUGUUAUUGCACUGGGCGGGUUCCUGCCGGUGUACGAUGAAUCACUCGUUACCUCUUCGCCGAGUAGUAAGUCUAUAAGACUGGUACUAAGUAAACAAUAAUACAAAAAAUACAUUUGCACUCGUGAUCUUCGACGAGCCAAACAAGUUAUUACUAUUAUGUGUAUCAAAGAUAAAGGCAAGGUUCAAAUAUGCAUUUAUUUACAAGUAGUAAAUUGACAAUGUCAAUUGGUACUAACGAGAAUUAUUGAGGUUGUGAUGUUACCGACUUAUCCGUGAACUGAUUGAUGCCAGGAAUAGUUUCCAUUUUGCAAGAAAAAUAAUCAAUUAGUUUUUAGAAUGUAUAUUCUUUGAAAAUGCCACAUUAUGCAUGUAUGUAUUAUACAUGUAUAUAUAUAGAGAAAAACUACUAAAUAGUAGUGUUUAAGUUUUAGGUGUUAUUUUCCAUUUAUGGCACUGUAAAUUAUAAUUACUUUAAAUUUUCUUUGUGAAAUAAAUAAUACCUACAUACUAUAACUGUAUGUUGUCACAAGGAAUAAAAUAAAACACGGACUGUUUUAUGGUCGUAUUAUAUUUAAGGCAAAGAUUAAAUAUUAAGAAAUUAAAAUUAUUGCUAUUCGCGGAUGGGUGCAUCUACAUACUCAACAGUAAACUGGCUGGAUCAGUUUGUAUUAACAAAUGAAUGAUUAAACACUAGUAGUAACUGAUGAUGCAGUGGUACUAAAGAUAAUUUUGAAACCAGUAGUAACUGAUGAAGUCAGUGGUACUAACGAUAAAUCUCUGUCGCAGGUCGCCCCAAAAUGUCUCAGAUACCACCUCUAGAGACCUUCGAUUGCGAAGGCGACCCUGUUUCUGUGGGUUUGCGCUGGGAAAAGUGGAAGCGAGGGCUAGACAUUUUCCUGCUUGCGUCGGAUACAACUGAUUCUGAAAAGAAAAAGGCUACCUUACUUCACUUGGGGGGACUGACGCUCCAAGAAAUAUAUUACAAUAUACCAGAUGAUGAAGAGGUAGAGGAUGAAAGAGAUGCAUACGAAUUGGCAAUUAAAAAACUAGACGUAUAUUUCUCGCCAAAACAGAGUAAAAUCUAUGAACGACAUUUGUUUAGGCAAAUUAAGCAAGAGCCCGAUGAAAAAUUCGAGAAAUUCCUGGUGCGAUUGCGUCACCAAAGUAGUAAAUGUAAAUUUAUAAGCAAAGAGGAUAAUAUUAUUGACCAGAUAGUAGAGAAAUGUAGUUCAAAAGAUCUUAGGAAGAAAAUACUUACCUUAGGUGACGAUGUAACUCUCGACAAAAUUAUAUCACUAGCCAGUGCUAUAGAGGCAGUGGACCGCCAACUUACUGGCUAUAAUUAUGAAUCCAAAAAUGCCACUAUUAAUAGAAUCGAGCAAAAUACCAAGUCCUUAGAGAAUACAGGAUGUUCACGAUGUGGUAGCAUACAGCAUAGUGAGGAGAGUAAUGUUUGUCCAGCUAAAGCCAAACAAUGUUUGAAAUGCGGAUUUGUUGGGCAUUUCAGGAAUAAAUGCAAAACACGGGCAAGCAAGCGAAAACCCCCAAUUCCGAACACAAACAAAUAUCCAAACAAAAAACGUAGAUUAUCAACUAAGAAUAACGACAAGGCUGAAACUAAAAAUACAAAUAAACCGAGUUCUUCAAAAACGGAUGUCAAUUACAUAUUUCAUAUCGAUGAUGACACUACAUUAAAGUGCAAUUUGGGUGGUGUUCAUGUUGACAUGGUUGUAGACUCCGGCAGUAAAUGCAAUAUCCUUAGUGACAAAACUUGGGACCGUUUAAAGAAAUGCAAAAUAGAUGUAAAAAAUCAAAUAGCUAACCCGGACAAAACAUUUGUCGCAUAUGGCAGCAAAGAACCAUUAACGGUGGUCGGGUCAUUUGACACAAAUAUUCGUAUAGGAGACCAGGUACGAGCGGGAACCUUCUAUGUUGUUAAAGAUGGCACAAGUGACCUUCUGGGGAAAGACACUGCCAUUUCACUUAAGGUUCUCAAGAUCGGUCUAGGUAUUAAUUUGGUAAGUGAAUACAAUUUUCCUAAAAUUAAAGACUUACAGCUUACUAUUUCUAUUGACAAGUCUGUAAAACCUGUAGCUCAGCCAUGCCGCAGAGUGCCCAUACCCUUAGAGGAAAAAAUUAACAAAAAAAUCGACGAGCUGGUGAAAUUAGACAUCAUUGAGCCUGUAAAUAAUCCUUCAGGUUGGGUUUCACCUAUCGUGCCGGUACUUAAAUCUGAUGGUGACGUUAGGAUAUGUGUAGACAUGCGAUGCGCUAACAAAGCUAUCAUUAGGGAAAAUCAUCCUUUACCUACAAUGGAUCAACUACUUCCAAAAUUUAGAAAAGCACGUGUUUUUACAAAACUUGAUAUUAAGGACGCAUUCCAUCAGGUUGAGAUAAGUGAAGAUUCUAGAGAUAUUACAACAUUCAUCACGGGACGAGGCCUUUAUCGUUACAAAAGAUUAAUGUUCGGAAUAUCUUGUGCACCGGAACAUUUCCAAAAAAUUUUAGAAAGAAUUCUUUUACCAUGUGACGGUGUUGUUAAUUUUAUAGAUGAUAUAGUAGUGUAUGGCAAGGAUGAUUCCGAACAUAAUACUAGGCUUACGAAGGUUCUCAAUAUUUUCAAAGAUAAGAAUAUUCUUCUAAACCAGGAUAAGUGCGUCUUUAAUGUUAAGGCUAUAAAGUUUUUAGGCCAUGAAUUAUCCCCUGAUGGUAUCAAGCCUUUGGAUAAAUAUAGAAAAGUGGUAGACAAUUUUAGAGAACCCAUUUGUAUUGAAGAAGUACAAAGUUUCUUGGGACUUAUAAAUUAUGUAAACAAAUGGAUUCCCGACCUGGCCACUAAAUCAGAACCCCUGAGAAAUCUCCUUACCUUAAAGCUAGGUAAAAAUGCAAAUAUUUCUCCUUACUGGGGACCCAAACAAGCUAAGUCGUUUUUAGAAUUAAAGAAAUCUUUGAGCAAUAUUCACACACUCGGGUACUACGACCCAAAUGAUAAAACAAUCGUAAUGGCAGACGCCAGCCCUGUAGGGUUAGGUGCAGUUCUCAUUCAGUCUGACAGUGAUGGACCACGCGUAAUUGCUUAUAGCAAUAAAAGCCUUACCGAAGUUGAAAAACGCUAUUGUCAAACUGAAAAAGAGGCUCUGGCGCUAGUUUGGGCAGUAGAACAUUUUAGAAUGUAUCUUUAUGGAAAAGAAUCCUUUGAUUUGAUAACCGAUCACAAGCCGCUGGAGGUUAUAUUUGGUAAUAAAUCAAAACCAUGCGCUAGGAUUGAGCGUUGGGUGCUGCGUCUUCAAGCGUACAAUUUCAAGGUAUUAUUUAGACCAGGGAAGACUAACAUUGCGGAUUGUUUAUCUCGUUUAUGCGCCGUGGAUAACCCCCAGCCGUUUGAAAAUGGUUAUCAUGUAAAUCAAAUUGUCCAGUACGCGAGACCUUGCGCAAUAGGUAUGGAUUUACUUAUAAAUGCAUCUUUACGUGAUCAUGAAAUAAAACUAGUUAAAGAAGCAUUGUCAUCAGACAACUGGGACCCAUUAAUAAAUAGUUACAGAAUAUUUCGAACAGAGCUCUGGAUGCACGACGACCUUUUGCUGAGAGGUAAUAAAAUCGUUAUCCCACAUGAAUUACGUGGUCAAGUACUGGAGGCAGCUCAUGAGGGACAUCCUGGCAUUGUUGCGAUGAAGGCACGACUACGCACUAAGGUAUGGUGGCCAAAAAUAGACGUUGAUGCCGAAAGACUAGUUAAAAGCUGUAAGGGUUGUACUUUGGUGUCAGCGCCUAACCCUCCACUGCCAAUGAAACGCCGUGAGCUGCCAUCACAAGCCUGGAUUGACGUUGCAAUUGACUUUCUAGGUCCGCUACCGAGUGGGCAUUAUUUAUUUGUAAUAGUUGAUUACUUCAGUAGAUACAAAGAGAUUAAGGCUAUGAAAACAAUAACAUCUGCUGAAACUAUCAAAAUAUUAAAAGAGAUUUUUUCUAGAUUAGGAACACCAUCAAGUAUAACCGCUGAUAACGGGAAACAAUUUGUCAGCGCGGAUUUUAGGUCAUUUUGUCUCGAACUUGGUAUAAAUAUACAUUUUACAACUCCCUACUCCCCUCAACAAAACGGAGAAGUUGAGCGGCAGAACAGGGACAUUUUAAAACGUCUUCGCAUAAGCCAAAGUCAAAAGUCAAAUUGGCAAGAAGACUUAUUGUUGUAUCUAUCCAUGUAUAAUAGUACCCCCCACUCGACCACAGGCAAAACUCCGGCAGAACUAUUUUUCGGUAGACAGUUUAGAGACAAAAUACCAUCUCUUAUAAAUAUAGAAAAUCCUUUUACAUCAGAAGUAAAGGAUAAAGAUAAAAUAAUGAAAGAAAAGGGGAAGGGAUAUGAGGAUAGGAAAAGGAGAGCUGAGGAUAUGGAUAUAGGUAUUGGUGAAAAAGUGUAUAUAAAAAAUAUGACUAAGGAAAACAAACUUGUAACAAACUUUGACCCAACGCCUCAUACUGUCAUAAAUAGUAAGGGGCCAGAAUAUAACAUAAGGAAUGAUCAUACUGGGCAGGAGUUAAAAAGAAACAUCAUCCAUCUUAAAAGAGUAGAAGGCCAGUGGGAAGUAUGUUCAGAAAAUAAAACCAAUUUAGUUGUUAGUGAUCAGAGCGGGGAUAGCGACUGAAUUUAAAAUAACGAUGCAUAUAAUUAAAUUAAUAGCAACAUAAUUAUUUACAGGAGGCGUUAAACAUAAAUCAAGUACCAAACCGGAUAUGAUACACCGUCUCGUUCACUUUAUAAAUGUGUCUUCUGUAUGUUGAUUUGUUAUUUUGAUAAAUUAGAUAUCAUGUGUCAAAGAAAAACUGAUUACUGUAACUAUUAAGUAACAAGUAUAAUUAUUAUGCCCUAGUUUAAUGUUGAUUAUAAUUUAGUUUUAAAUCAUAGGGUUCUGCUUAAAGAAAGAAUUGUGAUUUGAAAAAAAGGGAAAGGUGUGACGUAUUAGAUAAAUAAAUAUUACAGUCGUGAGCGCCGGACGCACGGGGUGGGGGCGACACUUGCAGGCGUCAGCCGUGCCGUGCGGACGUGCGAUCACGACCACUAAACUAC